AUGCAGACCUGUCAGACCAAGCAGCCCAUGAUUGAACGGCCCAAGGAUCCCGUUGGGCCCCCACUAAAUGACGUGGGCUUUACUGAUCAUAUUUAUGUCCAAGCGGCUGCCAUCUUCCAAAACGGUCACGUGGAAAAGCCUGCAGAUCAGAAGCUGGUUGACUAUGGCAGGAAAGGAAACCUUUGGAUGCCUGAAGAAAGAGAUGAGGAGUCGUGCCUCUUAGCCUAUGAGCUGGCAUUUAACAGUCUCAAAUACCAAGACCUUCUUGAAUCUGUAAUUACCAGCUGCACGUUCAUCUGUUAUUCUGUGCCAGAAGAUCUGAUGAGCCUGGUGGUAGUUAUGCUGUUUGACUUCCAGGACCGGAAGUUUGUGAAUCGCAGACGUCUUAAGGGUGAGAAGCUGCCGGAUGUCAUCACUGUGGAGGCCUGCCUCUUCAGAUAUAAGACAAAGCUGGCAGCUUCCCUGGCUCGCAUUCGGAUCAAAUUUAACCUGUUGAACAUUGAAUGCGUUCUGCCUGAAAUCGUGAAGGAGAGGCAGAAGAUGGCCAGGUCUCUGUUGCUAUAUGCCUGGGUCAACACCCAAAAAACCAGUCUUGAAGAUGUGAAGGAUGCCCUGACUAGGGAGGGAUUUUCAGAGGCGGGUUCAGUCCAACAGUUGCAGGGACAGGCUUUCUGCCGUGACGCGCACUGUGAAGAUUUGCUCGUUUUUUCUCCGCGCCACAAAGAACGGCUGAGCGGAACAGAGCUUGUAAAAGACUGCAAGCUUGUCAUUCAGGAAAAGUCCUGCAGCCUGCCGGUCAGCGCCGUGCGCUCCGUGCUGGAUCGGGACCGGGGCGUGCUCGUGACCGGCUGCUUCUCGGCCCUCACGGUCGCCCACACGGCCGCCGCCGCCGCCUCGCGCUCCGGAAACGUCCUCGUCUGCGAGGGCAGCGGGGCCAGGAGGAAGGAGCUGAGGGCCGUCCUCUCCAAGAUGGCGUGCUCUCGAAAUGUGGAAAUAAUCCCGAGCAAUUUCAUGGAUCUGAACCCAAUGGGAGUUGAGCUGGAGGGGGUCAGCGUCAUCUUAAUGAUGCCCCAGUGCUCCCUGUCGGCUGUGAGCAACCCUGUGGACUUUAUCGUUCGAGAGAACAGAGGUACAGCCCCACAUUGCACCCUGUGCUCCCCUGGAACGCUGUCAUCCUACUCAGAUUUAGUGCCUGUCCAAACUGUGACUUGAUUCACGGAGAACAUGACAAAAAAGAAAUGGCAGAUGUGAUGAAUUUGUAGGUUUUCCAAGGAAAAUGCUAAGGCAU